UAACUUUCUUAAAAAUGGCCCAGAAGGGCUCAAACAUCGACUUUUAUCUGAAAAUUAUAUUAAUACCGGUGAUGUAAAAGCAGAACUGGAUGACAAAAUUAGGCACUCUGCCUCUGUGCGUCCAGCCAUCCAGCCCCUCCCCCCUCCUGCUCUCCCUCCUCGACCAGACGCUGUUGCAGUUCCUGCUUCUGAUCCACCCUUAAUUCCCACUCCAUCACACAACCAUAAUCUUCCCCCUCACCUGUACUACUACCACCACCACCACCCUUAUAAUCACUACUAUCAGAUGUUUUAUGGACCUGACAAUCACCUGUCGCCAACUUUAUCCAAAGAAGCUUUGGACCCACUGCACCAAGCAUCUUCCCCCCCGCUACAGCGUCCGUCCUUUUGCAAACAUCAAACCGCUACUCCACCCACAAAAUUGAUGCCUGAUUUUCACAAUGGUCCCCUCCACCCUUACUAUUAUUACCACCACUACCACCAACCUCAAGUGUCUGUACACAGCCAGGCGCUGCAUCCUGCAGGCAGGAUGAACUCUGAAGGAAAAGCAUCAAAAGCAGAAUCUCAGCUCCCUUCAGACCCGUAUAGGAGCCGGGUGGACUGGCUGGUCCGUGCCGCUGAAGCAGGAUAUCCCAGCAUCCCUCAGCCGGUGCACAGCUCUUAUCCAAGCCUUGAUUCCCAUUAUAUCACUCAGCGACUUCUGCAUGAUGAUUUUGGGCGUCCUGGUGGAGACGAAGCAGAAGGAAGGCUGGAUCGUAAAACGAAAGGUCACCUCAGGGCCAACCCGUCCUCUGCCUCGCCCUGUGCCCUUGGCCCUGUGUCAGAUGUUGACUGCAGCGCCUCUUUGGGCUGCUGCUCAUACUCUGUGAAGGGCUGUACUAUGGGACAGCAUUUCAUCUUUCCGGUGCCUGACUCCGUGUUGGAGCCCACAGUGGCCCCGCCCGCUCAUCCCUCAGAGCACAGAAGAGUAUCCUGCACGCUGCAGAAGUUGACCUCUGACCCCGACCUCUACGCUGUCCCUCUGGAUGGCUGUGGAAUGAACACUCAUGUGUUUGGUCAGACUGUGGUUCAUCUGUUGGAAGUCCAUGGUAUCUAUUCUCCUCAACGAGACCCCAGUUCUGUCCAUGGCAACUCUCCUGUCAGGUUGAUGGUGGAGUGUAGUUCCUCCCCGGGUUCCCCAGGUGAAGUCAGGCUCCAUGUGAUGGAUCACACUCCACCCCCCGUUCAGUCUACACCAGCCACUGUCACUGUGCAGCUGAGAAUUGCCACAGAUGAGUCCUUCACCAGGUUCCACCCUGAGGCCCACCUGCCCUUCAGCCUGAUGCGAGGCCAAACAGUUCAUGUGGAGGUGAGCCUGCUGGCCCCCCAGGAGCCCGGCCUGGUGCUGCUGGUUCACUCGUGCCUGGCUUACGCUCCAGCCCCUUACAACAGCUGGCUGCUGGUUUACGAUGGCUGUGCCGGCCGGGGGGAUUCACAGCUACUUCCUUCCCCACACUCUGACCCCCACCGCACCCGGAGGAUCGUAGUCUAUGGCGUCCCGCCUCUGCCCUCUGAAGGUCCCUCCUACAUGGCUGAAGGAGGAUGCGCUCACCUGAAGGACCCAGAGAUCUAUUUCUUGUGCCUGACAGAAGUGUGCUUUGCUGCAGAUGGUGACUGCACUGUCGGCUGCAUCUACAGUAAGUUUAACACAGUGGAAACAUCCAGGAGAAACUGAGGAGUGGGCGUGUAUAUCAGGGCGUUUACAAGGUU